AUGAAGGGUAACAACCAAUUACCUAACGCGCACUUCAAGAAGGACUGGCAAGGCAACACCAUCAACGGUCAAUGCCGCGUCCGCACCUGGCUCAACCAAGCCGGUCGCAAGAAGUCUCGCCGCAACGCGCGUGAACUCAAGGCGAAGAAGACGUUCCCGCGCCCGGUCGCGGGUGCGCUUCGCCCGAUCGUGCACCCGCCGACGCAGCGAUACAACUUCAAGACCCGCCUCGGCCGCGGUUUCACGCUUGAAGAAUUGAAGGCGGCUGGCAUCCCGAAGAAGCUCGCCCCGACGAUCGGUAUUUGCGUUGAUCACCGACGCCGUAACCGCAGCGAGGAGUCUUUAGCGCUCAAUAAGAAGCGCCUCGAGGAAUACAAGGCCAAGUUGAUCUUGUUCCCGCGCAAGAACUCCAAGCCGAAGAACGGCGACAGCCCGGCGGCUGAUCUCGCGGCGGCGACCCAACACAAGGGCCAAACCAUCAUGCCGAUCGAGAAGGUUGAGAAGGCGGUUGAGAUGGUUACGGUUACCGAUGAGAUGAAGAACUUCGGCGCGUACAAGAAGCUCCGCGUCGAGCGUAUGAACGUCCGACAAGUUGGCCCGCGCAUCGUCAAGGCCAUCCAGGCCGAGAAGGAUGCCGAGGAAGCUGCCAAGUUGGCUAAGAUGUGA